AUGGCAUCCAUCAACACGAAUAACCCAGUACGGGGAAAUCCGUUCCUCGACAUUCCUUCCGACAUGGACACCAACCCCUUUCGCCUAGUUUGGGAGGAUAUUUGCUCCGUAUUUCGCCUCGUUAAGCUACUGCCAUGCAUAUUCAUCCCCCUCCUUCCCUUGCGCUCUAAGCCGUUGGAUGAGCUUUAUCCUAGUCUUCGCAACCUAUGGGAUGUUUUCCUUCAUAUUAUUUUGAUCAUCAGUCAGAUCUCUCUGCUGAUAUCACUCCCGGUUGCCCUGAUGACCUUCUGGAUCUUUCCGUUGGCUGUUCAUGGAGUGUUCUAUGCAGCCUUUACGUUCUUGACUAUGAUCAUUAUCAGACUCCUGAAUGGAGCCCCAACGAGGAGGUCCCUUAUCGGUAUUCCAAGAACGAGACCGCCAGUAAACGAUGAGACCGAGCCGUGGUUUUUCAUCAAUGGAAUCGCCACUGGGAAACACUGGCAUCAGUCGAACCUGACCGCACUAGCAGAAGUGUUUGGCCGGGAGAUCGUGGGCAUCCAUAACCCUACCAAAGGUGUCAUCCUCGACCUCAUAGAAUGCCUCAUUCAGCGAGACCUCGACUACAAGACAGUCGACAUCCGACAGGGACGAGCCCAACUUCGGCAUGCCAUCGCCGCGUCCGCUACGAACAAAGUCGUUCUGAUCGUCCACUCCCAAGGUGGAAUUGAAGCUUCCUCAAUUGUUGACUAUCUGUAUGGAGACUUGAGCAAAUGUCAAAUGAGAAAGUUAGAGAUAUACACAUUCGGCAACGCGGCAAGACAAUUUCGCAAUCCUCCUCUGCAUAAGGUCCAAGACACCAGCUCGGAAGGCAACACACCUCGCCGACAGACGCAGGGAGAGUGCGCAAUUCGGCACAUCGAACAUUACGCCAACACUCAGGAUUUUGUGGCGAAUAUUGGAGUAUUGCAAUUCACGUCCCCUACGAGUGCAUACUCGAAUACGAGUGUCUUCUCCGGGAGAGUGAUCAUCCGGCAGGGAUCGGGCCAUUUGUUCAAUAUGCACUAUUUGGGCCCGAUGUUUGGGGAGGAGAGUACAUUCAUGGAGAGAGUGGUCAGAGUGAGGCCUGUUGAUGGAUUGGAGAAAGCUGUUUCGAUGCCUAUAAGGGAAUUAUCGAGGCUGUACAGGUAUAAGAAUGGUGAAAGCCCAGAAGAACCGGAUGCUAUGUGA